AUGGUCACAGUAGACGUUCACAAUUACUGUGAUUUGAAAGGAAAUUGCCAACCAUGGAAUGAAACUCAAUCUUUCAUAUUCUUUAAGAUCUUCAAUGAAGCUACAGAUAGCGUGCUCAGCGUGGACAUCAACGGCGGUGAAAUAGUCGCUGGUUCUGCUGAUGGGAAUUAUCGACUGUACAACAUUAGAGAAGGGAAGCUUCACAUUGAUUUUAUGGGCGAAAAUGUGAACUGCGUCCACUUCACUCCAGACGCUAACUGCGUGUUGGCUUCAGUUCAGGAUGGUAAUAUACGUCUAAUGGACAAAUCGAGCGGUAAAAUGUUGGCCAGUUAUGUUGGUCACAAGAAUUUCGAGUAUAAAUUGGACAGUUGCGUAUUAGCUUCGGUUGAAGAAAUUGCAUCUGGCUCUGAAGAUGGAUUUGUGUACAUUUGGAGUCUACUCGAUAGCAAUGUGGUAGCUAAGUUGGAGCAUCCGUCAAAGAUUGUUCACUCAUUGUCGGCGCAUCCAAAGAAGAAACAUCUGUUGACAGCAGCCGGACAACUCGUCUAUUUGUGGGUGACGAAGGACGACGAGGAUUUUGAAUGCUAG